AUGGACGCUUCCUGUCAUGUGAACUUGCCACCGUCGUCAUUCAGAAUGAUGUCUAUAUUCCAUGAUGAAUUAAUUAAGCAGGACGAAUUAUUAGAAGAAAUCAACGGGUCAAUACUUCGUUCUGAAAAUACAGUACGCAAGUGUUAA